AUGUAUCUGAAUCCUUGCACCGACGAAAUACAGCAACAGCAACAGCAACCACAAUCCAUUGUUCACCAUCUAUCUCGCGUGGGGUCGAAGAUGACAAUUCCGUUUCGAAAUCAAGGUUCUGCGCCGAGAAGACAACAUAAGAUUCAACACAGCUACAGCCAUGAUGACGAGGAAACCCUUCACCACACCAAACGAACUUCUGAAUCUGAAGACAGUAUUGGCGAAAGUCAUGACGAGUGGUCGGCUACUUUUGAUUGCUAUAGCGAGACUGCUCGACAGCAUGAUUCUGCUCAUGAGAAUAAAGAAGAAGAGAGUGCUUUCUUCACCCCCCUUGAUCAGAACGAGUUCCUUAUGGAAUGCUUCACAGCAAACGAGUGUAGUGAUGUGGCAUUUUUUGUCCUCUUUUGCCCUGAAAAGUGCUGUUUAUCGGAUCAACUAGAGGAGAUCGUUGCCAUUCGAACCAUAGAAGCUGGAUCCAAUUGUCAGUGCCGACGAGUUCACUCUCACAAGGCGCCCAUGUUCACCAAGAAACUUGACAUCGAUAUAGAACAACCAACCCUUGUCGCCAUCAAGAACGGAUCAGUUGUCGACAAAAUAUCAAACAUUUCAUCACCCGGUUGUUGGGAGCUGGAGAAAUGGCUGACCGACACCAAACUUUUGACACAAGAAGGUGAAUCAGAUUUUCGCUGUUUAAGCACCGGAUUGGACAACUUGUAA